AAGCAAGCCUCAACUCUAAAGAUAAAGACAGUGAGUUUCCACUAUGAAGACAUCCAGGCCAGCUCUGCAGACCAGCAGCCAAGAGGAAUGUGGUGUGUGGUUAGACACUGUACAGCUCAAAGGAAAAGCUAAACAGAAACGACUCACCCGUCCCAUUUCUAAACUGCUGAACCCAUUUGCUGAAGGUGGAGGAUACAAUGUGGCUGUUGCUCUCAACUUCACUCAGACCAAAAUGGAAAUGCCAAAGACCAAACAGAGCUCCAUAUCAACCUUUUUUACAUGCCAGCGCAGGGUUCUCAAUAAGAUGUCUAUAUCUGAGGCGCCAACCACAGAUCCACAACAACCUUGUGUACCAUCAACCUUAUCUGCAUCUACACCUGUAACAUCCGAUACAAAAAGAGGCCAAUAUGCAGAUCUUGGGAUGUCUGACUUGUGUUACUUAGGGGAAGGACUAGUUGGGGCCAGUGUGGAUUAUGUGACUGGGCCUGAAGCAGUAGUGUGUUGGGAGGAAGACAAAGUAAAACACACACCCUCUCUAAACCCACCCGGUGAAUCUGAAGAAGAACAGUGUGAGGAGGUAAAGUCUCCACAAAGAAAAAAGAAGUUUUCUGAGACUGCUGUAGUGCUAGUUAAGUCGGAUCCCACUGCACACAAUUAUCAUCAGGACCAUUUGAUGACCUGCAGCCAGGAGAAUGAUGCUGGCCUGAUUAAACAGAAAAGCACGUCAGUGAAGAAGUUCAGUGACUCUGAGCCAGGUUUUUCGAGCAAUCUACAAAGUGAAGCAGAAUAUGGAAUUUUGGUGAAUGUAGAUGGAAGAACCUCAACUCAAAAAUCCCUCAAACACUUUCAGCUUUCACAGACUGAUGAUGAUAAAGAAAACAGCACCUCAAUGUUGUCUGAAUCCCCAAAGAAACACUCGACUCUGUCACCUCUUAAACCUUUUACAGAUCAUACGCGGGCAGGGUCAAAACUUGUGUCGCCUCGAAAACAUAUUCCAGAUCAGCUGUGGAAAAGGGCUCAUAAUAAGGAGAACAGCAUGAGUGCACAGUUUAAAUGGAUAAAGCCAUGUAGUUCCCCUUUGAAAAGACAACCACCCAAAGGACAUGAAGACAGUCUAGCCAUGUUGUUCACUCAGGACUCAGAAGGAUUCAGGGUCAUCGCUCACCGAAGUCUGCAUGCCAGGAGUCUGCUUAAAGAUCAGAGUAAUUUAAACAAAUCUUAUUCAGAGGACAAUGAGGAGGAAGAUAUGCUCUUUACUCAAGACUCUCAGGGAAAUAUGGUGAUCAAGCACUGAAGGGCAUCUUUAAGACCAGCAUCUCUUUGUAAUCAGUCAAACUAAGUGUUAUCACUAAGGUGGUUGUCAGAUCAAUUUGUAAACCCGGUGUUAGUUACUCUAGUUAUCAGUGCUCACGAGAAAGGGCUGAGUCAGCAGCAGGUGACAAAUAUAGAUAGGUGUAUACAUCUCAAACAAAUAGCAAAGUAUAAUUUGCUGAUGAAGCUGGUUUAGAGAUAUAGUACAGGUUAAAUCAACUCAGCAGACCCCAAACUGUCUGCUCUGCCACAGUGUGAGUUAAUAAUCUGAUUAAAAUCCUAUUAUCAAGGCACAAGUACAUCUGACUAUUGCUUCCAGCUGUGUAUUAAUGUGCUGCAUAGAUACAUGGUUGUUGGCAUGUGGAACAAUUUGUGCUAUUCUUUCAGCUCUUCUGUUGUUUGUGAUAUUUCCAGGCAUGAACCUUUUUAGACGGUGCAUUUUUAUGUUCAGCCAAUAAACUAUAUUUACACUCUGGCCAUUUUCCUCUAACGCCAUCAUCGGGGUGUGAAACUCAAUGCCAUUACCUAAAGGUGAAUGUUCCAAUGCUGUGUAUUUUUCUCCUAUUUUAAAUACAUUUUUCGGUGGCUUAAUAAUUCUUUAUUGUAAGAUUAGAUAUACAUACAGAGUUGUACAAAGGAAUGCAAAACACAUUAGUUACUUUGUAGUUUUUCUUUUUUGAUGCAUUAUGAUUUUAGGGGACUACUGCCUUUCCAAACUUAAAGUCUAUCAAUUCAUUCAUUUUCCAAACCAUAUAGUCCUCAAGAGGGUCAUAGGGGGUACUGGAGCUUAUCUCAACUACCAAUGGACAAAGGCGGGGUACACUCUGGAUGUGUUGCCAGUUCAUCAUUGCAGGGCUGACCCUCAAUUCUCUUAA